AUGUCUCAACUUCGCUACUAUAUCAUUGAUGUCUUCUCAUCUAUUGCCUAUCAAGGCAAUCCCCUCGCAGUAGUCAACACAACGUCCACAACUCUCACUGAGACCCAGAUGAAGCUGAUAGCAAGACAAUUUAAUCUAUCCGAGACAACUUUCAUCUGUCCCCCAGAAGACCCAAAAGCCACCUGGCGUCUGAGAUCAUUCCUCCCCAAUGGCGUGGAAGUGUUCGGCGCGGGUCACAAUUCGCUCGGUGCGUGGUGGUGGAUGGCACACUCGGGGCUUUUGGGAGAAAUCGCACACAAUACUCAAAGCAAAAAAACCUAUUUCCAACAACUGGGUACCCAUAUCCUACCUGUUGAAGUGGCGCGAUCAAAUCAAGAUCUUGUAAUCUCAAUGCGCCACGGAAAACCGCAGUUCUUGAACGAACAUACCAACCAUGAAUCCCUUGCUGAAUCCCUCGGCAUCAAGGCCUGUGAUAUUGGGCUCAAAUACUCGGAUGGUACACUCAACCGAGCAAAAGUGGUUACCACGUCGCCUGCUCGUCAUCUCUUGAUCCCGGUCCGAAGCCUCGAAGUUCUGAGAGGGGUCAGCUUUGCCAACAAAGAAAGGAUUUCUCAGGAGCUUGCUAGUACCGAAAGCGAUAAUAGUGGCGUAUACAUUUUUACUACCGCAGAAAAUGAUUCCGAGUCUAUGAUACCGAGAUUUGAGGCCCGGUUCUUCAGUCCGGGGAUGUCAAUGGAAGAUCCAGCCACCGGCUCUGCCGCUGGACCUUUGGCGGCUUAUUUAUGGGCGAACCAUGCCCUCAUUCCUAGGCUCGAUGGAGUACCCCGAAUCGAAGUUGUGCAGGGUGUACAGACUGGGAGGAAGUGUUCUAUGAACUUGACCGUUGAGUCGAACGAUGAAGACUCGGUUAUUACGAUUUCUGGAACGAGCGUCCUUGUUGCAGAUGGAACAAUUGCAAUUCCUAGUCCCGAGCUCUCCUUCUGA